AAAGGAUCAAAUAAAAACAAAAUUAACGUACGAAACGUACGAAUCGAGGGAAAAAGCAAAAAGUGGCGGUGUCAUUUUGGUAAUUAUCAGCAACUUCAAAUUACUGGGAAAAAGCAAAAAGUGACGGUGGCAAUCAGACUAAUGGCACUUGAAGCAUCCGAGCUCGCACCAGAAGAUUUUAUCAGCACCAUGCCUGAUAGUGUGAUAACUAGUAUUCUGCAUCGAUUGCCGUUACAAGAUGCAGUGAGGACCGGUAUCUUGUCGAGAAACUGGAGGUUUAAAUGGACUAUGCUUACCCAACUAAAAUUUAACGAGGAGUUCUUUGUGUAUUUAAUGAAAACAAAAGGCGAAAACAGUUUGGGGAAAAUUGUAAGUAGACUUCUUCUUCAUCUUAACGGUGCCGUAACAAAGUCUGUUCUCGUCCCCGCUUUAUUGGAUGUUGAAGAUAUUCAUCACUUGAUUUUGUUUUUGUCGAGAAAAGGAAUUAAGGACCUCACUAUUACAGAUUGGUCUAAACCACAAGUCAAGUUGCCUACCCAUCUUUUCUCUUGUUUAGAGUUGAAACGUUUGAAUAUUUACGGCUUUUGUUUCCAUCCUCCACCUGGUUUUCAUGGUUUUCCAAACCUAUUGAGCUUAGAGUUACGCGGCGUACAGUAUGGAGGCAGUGACCUUGGGGAGUUUCUUACUCGGUGUCCCUUACUUGAGAUUUUGGACCUCGGUUAUCUUUCUUACACAGGCAACGUGAAACUAGUUGAGAUUGCAAAACUUGUAAAUCUCAAAAUAUUAUCUUUGUCAUUGUGUCACCUCGAGACUACGACGACCAUAAGUCCUUGUAAUGUCUUUGAGCUCGUGGGUUUUCUUCCGAAACUUCAAGAGCUUGGUUUGGAUUUUCAAGACUGCAGGCUGACAGAAGGUGGUGCUACAAAGAAGUUCCCGACCGCCUUUCCCGCACUCAAGGCUCUUAAAUUAACAAGAAUAGAUUUCGGCGAUGGUAUUAUGAUAUCAUUUGCUUUAGAAAUGCUCAGACACUUCCCAAAUUUGCAGACUCUUGAUAUCCUAGCAACUCGGCAGGUUACUGACCCAUUUCCGAUUUCAAUUCCAAUUCCGGAGGGAGAAUACAACAUGAUGGAGCUUCGGAGUGUGCUGUUUAGAAAUUUUAAAGGUUCGAAGAAUGAAGUAUAUUUGAUUAAAUAUUUUCUUGCGUGUUGUCCUUCCCUGAAAAAGAUUGAGAUUCAAUGUGAUUGGUGUCUAGAGCCCAUUGAACAGUUGAUUCAUGCUAGGAAGUUGUUGAUGCUCCAUCGAGCUUCUCCGGCAGCUGAAAUCGAGUUCUACUAAUUUUUGUUGCUUUGAAUUUCUCUAUUGUUGACCCUCGGCGUAUAAUCUGAUCUUGGAAAACGGAAUGCUCUUGUUUAGGUUUUGUUAAGAUACACGGGUUGAAUUUAUGGAAAUAUUGACGGAUUCAAUUAUGUGUAGAUAAAUGGUAUUUGAAUGUCAUGGACACUGGUUAACCCUGUUGGUUAUCAUGUUCUUUCGUUGUAUGAAUGGUAAAAGUACCGAUUUAGCUUAAACGAGGGUGGGUUCUACA